AUGGUGCCGGGCCUUGCAGCUUUCCUUGAGCUCGCCCGGCUCGGCGAGUACCGAUCACAGGCUGGAGCGUUCUGCAACGGUUGUGGCGCCAUUGAGGUCCGCGAGGUGCUUGAGGACGAAGAUCUCUGCGAUGAACUGGCCCAGCACCUGCAGUUGAAGCCCCUGGAAGCCAAGCGCUUCAAGUCGCUGGCUGCGGAGGUGCGUGCUGAUCCUCGCUUUGAGCUGGUGGAUCCUGAGGAGGAGGAGGCAGAGUCUGUGAACACUGCGGACGAGGUCUCGAACGCUCAGCAGCGAUCCUUUCGCACCAGCGGAUGGAAUUCCAAGCGCGGAAUCAGAAGCGUGCGUGGCGGAAGAGGCCGCGGGGGCUUGGGCCACUACUUUGACAGUGUGGCGGAAGAUGACCGAGAUGUUGGUGGAAGUCACCACCCACCGCCACGGAGCCACGCAGCAAAUCCAUACUUCAGUAGUCCGGUGGGCGAAUCGUCGCCGGGCGAGGAUGUGUGCGAAAGAUGUGGCUCCCGAAAUACAGGACGGCGUUUGUGUUUCGACUGCGGGGCAGAGCGAGCGCUCGCCGCCGCGCCUGUGCUCGAGGUUGCUGCUUCAAGAGGAGGCUACGCAGCCCCGAGUGCACAGGCUGGGAAGGCCGCUGGCAAGUCAGCAGCCACUGCGCCCAAGCGAAGGUUCUGCAUCAGCUGCGGGGCUCAGCAGCUGCCCCACGCCAAGUUCUGCUCGGAAUGCGGGAGCCGAAUGGACGAGCCAGCGGAACGCCCUGCUGAACCGAGCCAUGUAGGUCCAGCCGCCAGAAGGACCGACAUCGACACGCGGCCGAGCGUUCGUGCCGGAGGUGGAGAUGGUGGCGGUGGACACCACUACUUCGAAGCGCAGGCUGCGCAGACUCCGAAGGACGAGCCUAGCCUUGCAGAGCUGCGGGCCGAGGUGGGAGUGGGGGACCCGUUCCUUGCUCGCAUGGGGCUGUGGUGGUAUCUCCAACCUUCAGUGUCCCUUGCGUGUGCACGUAGAGAUGGGGAUGAUCGGUCUUUAGCCAACCUGGAGCAACCUCGGAUCCAAGACUCCCACCUUUGUUGGCGCGAGUGCGAGCCCACAUUUGGCAGACCAGCACGACGAGUGUCGCAUUGGAUUCCAGCACGACUUCGCCUCGUUUCGUCGGCCCACCAGUGA